AAUAAAACUAGACAUAAUAAAAUGUAUUGUUUUGGAAGAGAAAAUAGACUUACACGACAUGAAUUAUCAAAAAACAAGGUUGGAGCAAGUUUUAGGAGCCGUGGAAGGAGACGAAAGCGUAGCUUCCAGACGGCUGAGAGCAGAGCAACUUGGUCCGGAUUCCAAUGGAACAGUGAAGAUGCCUCAACCUCGGGGCAACAUGAUGAGUUGAAACUCAUUAGUUCUACAUUCGCACUCACCGGGGAUUCAGCUCAUAACCAAGCCAUGGUGCAUUGGUCCGGCCAAAAUAGCAGUGUGAUUCUAAUGCUAACUAAGUACUUUGACUUCAGCCUUGGCAGUGUCACAGAGAGCUCUCUAUGGAGGUCAACAGACUAUGGAACCACGUAUGAGAAACUUAAUGAAAAGGUUGGACCAAAAACCAUACUAAGCUACUUGUACGUGAGUCCGAAUAACAAACGAAAGAUCAUGUUACUGACCGACCCGGAGGUGGAGAGCAGCCUGCUCAUUAGUCUUGAUGAGGGCGCAUCCUAUCAGAGGUACCACUUAGCCUUCGACAUCCUCAGCCUCCUCUUUCACCCCGAGCAGGAGGACUGGAUCCUGGCUUACGGCCAUGACCAGAAGCUCUACGUCUCUGUUGAAUUUGGAAGAAGAUGGCAGCUCGUGCAUGAGAGUGUAGUCCCCAACAGAUUUUACUGGUCAAAACUGGGUUUGGACAAAGAGCCAGGAAUGAUUCACUUGGAGACAAGUGUUUCUGACAGACGGUCCCAGUAUAUAACGUGUAAGCUGCAGAACUGCUCAGAGGCCAACAAAGGCAGGCCUUUCCCUGGAUUUAUCAGCCCUGAUUCCCUGGUCGUUCAGGACCAGUAUGUUUUCAUUCAGGUACCAAUGGGUGGCCGGCCUGUCCAUUAUGUGUCUUACAAAAGAAAUGCUUUCUUCCCAAUGAAGCUACCUAAGUACAUAUUACCAAAGGACUUGCAGAUAAUCAGCACAGAUGAUAACCAGGUGGUAGCAGCAGUGCAGGACUGGCACCAGAAUGACUCCUACAACCUGUACAUGUCAGAGGCCCGAGGACUCUUCUUCACUCUGGCCCUGGAGAACAUAGUGAGCAGUGGUGGACCAGAGGGCAACAUCAUGAUAGACCUCUAUGAGGUAGCAGGGAUAAAAGGGGUGUUCUUGUCAAAUAAAGUUGUCGAGGGCCAAGUGAAAACGUUUAUCACUUACAAUAAGGGGCGAGACUGGCAUCUUCUACAGGCUCCUACCACUGAUCUGAAGGGAACCAGACUCUACUGUGUACAGCCCUACUGUUCAUUACACCUGCAUCUCCAUGUGUCUGACAACCCGUACACGUCUGGAAACAUAGUCAGUAAGGAAUCAGCUCCAGGAAUUAUAGUAGCAUCAGGUACCAUUGGGCCCGAGCUUACUGCCUAUAAUGUUAGCAUUUUCAUCACCUCAGAUGCUGGCAACACUUGGAGAGAGGUAUUUGAGGAGGAGUAUAGUGUCCUCUUUCUUAACCAGGGUGGUGCCCUAGUGGCCAUUCGACACACACCUCUCCCCAUCAGACAUAUCUGGCUGAGUUUUGAUGAGGGAAAACGCUGGAACAAAUACAGCUUCACCCCCUCUCCUCUCUAUGUAGACGGAGUCUUAGGAGAGCCAGGGGAAGACACCCUCAUCAUGAUAAUAUUUGGCCAUUUCAGCCAUCGUUCUGAGUGGCAGCUUGUCAAAAUAGACUUCAAGGCCAUCUUUAACAGAAGGUGUAACCCAGACGACUAUCAGACCUGGCAGUUACACAAUGACGGUAAAGUCUGCAUUAUGGGAGUGAAAAGAAUCUUUCAGAAUCUGAAGCCCGACACCAGAUGUGUCAAAACCAAAGAUCAGUACAUCUCCCAGAUGUCAGACUCCUGUCCAUGCACCGAGGCUGACUUUGAGUGUGAUUAUGGCUUUGAGAGGCAGAGUGAUGGAGGAUGCACCCCUGUCUUUUGGUUUGUUCCAUCCUCCGUGGCCACAGACUGCACCACUGGGGCCAGCUUCCUCAACACUACUGGAUACCGUAAGGCUCUGUCCAAUAACUGRACUGCGGUAACCCUGGGGAAGUAUAGCCCUAGGAGCCAGAGGUGUCCCCGCCAGGCCCCGAGAGGUCUGCAGCUGGUCACCAGUGAGGGGACACUUACAGCCACCAUGGGGGACAACAUCACCUUCCUGGUGUUUCUGGACGAGAGUGAUGGCUCCACAACAAGUAUAACAUUGGACUUUGGAGAUGGGACGGCCAUGUCCUACGCUAACAUCAGCUCCAUAGAGGAUGGAGUCAAACAUAUAUACAAUAAAGUGGGCAUUUACCGAGUGGCUGCCACAGCACUCAACAGCCUUGGCUCUGAGAGAGUCUUACUAUAUCUACAUGUUACCUGUCUACUUGAGCAAGUGCAGCUUUCAGCUCCCUCGGUGGUUGUUAGGAAUGAAGCAGUGAAUCUAUCAACAGUCCUAAAGCCAAGUUACGUUGGAACAGUCACCUACUAUUGGUGGUUCAACAACCACACUGAGCCUGUUAUGACUUUAGUGGGAGGAAUGUCCUUCACCUUCUCAAAGGAGGGAACCCAUACUGUCACCGUGCAAGUGUCAGUUGGUAACACCGUCCUUCAAGACAAAAUAACUGUUGCUGUCUAUGAACAUUUCAAGUCACAUGUUUUAGCCUUCUCCUCUAAUCUGGAGGCCUUCAAUCCUGGUGUGGCUGAAUGGAGGCAAGACAUCAGUAGAGUGGUCAAGGACUCCAUGGUCCAAGUCACAGGGAUCAGUGGAGAGCAGCUGCUAGUGUCAGUGCUCCCAGGGUUGCCAACGGCAGCAGAGUUUUGCAUCGUCCCUGGAAAAAGGUCAACAGAGGGGAGAAUGGAUGGAAAAGUGACACAUUUAGAGCAGCUCUCUCUAGUCCUGCUAAGUGCCCUGAAUCAAGACCUCAUCCAGUUUACUCUGCGGCCUGGGGUUCAGAUCAACGUCUAUGCCACACGACUGUCUCCAGCUCCUAUCAUGGACACCAGUGAGAGUGGUCACAAUGGUGCUACAGUCAUUAUGCUAGUGUCAGCCGUAUUUGUGGGUUUGGCAGUUUUCGUUAUCUACAAGUUCAAAAGGAAGAUCCCUGGCAUCAACAUCCACACAAAUGAGCGAGAGAAACAACAGGAAGUGAUCCCUUCGGUGGUGUCUAUAGCUGUCCCAAACCCUGAGGGGGACAUGGUGAGCACUUUGGAGCACUUGGACACAGGGCCAGAUGCACGUGGCAUAGGAUACCUACCAUCUCACACAGACGUCAAACUCUCAGAUGAAACUCCCCAUAUGUUUUAAUGCUGAGUCUACAGCCAACUUGUAAGCAAUACAUCUUUUUGGCAGUUGCUUCCAGCAAACUCUGAAACCAUGGAACAAAUGGAAGGUCUCCAGUGUUUUCUACCCAUGCAUGGACAGACCAUCUUACACUGUGCUGCCUGGACUAUAGGAGGAGACUACAGAUUUUUCUGGCGUCUUGAAAAGGGUCAUUUUUAAUCGAAAUACUUGUAUUUUUGCAAGAACAUUGCAUGUUUAUGAAAAUAGUGUAAUUAUAGAACUGCUGAACUAAAGAUAAUAGUUGGUUACUCAGCUGGUUACAGUCGUGUGUAUGACUUCAAGACAAGCAACAGUAAAGCAACAGUAAUGUACAGUAAUCUAUUUCUCUUGAGUGUUCCAUUUCUAGUACGUCUCUGGUGGUAGGUGUGUGGAGGAUGUGUCAGUUAACUUAGGCCCCGAUUCCGACCCGAGUUAAGCACAUGUAAAUGGAACGUUAUUCCCUUUUUAUGCACUUUUCUCUCUUUCUCUCUAUUAUGACCUUGAACUUAACCAUUGUGUAGUCUU